AUGGAUAAUUUAUUAGAAGAGAAAUGUUCUGAACAUGAAUUAGAAUUUAUAGCAGUUAAAAUUGGGUUGAAUAAUAAAGACUAGAAUAAAUAUUUAUGUCCUCAAUGUUUAAUUGAAUUAAUCGAUCCCAAAGAGUUGAUAUUAAUUAGAGAGGCAAAACGAUAAAUACGGAAUAAAAAAGACUAAAUUUCAAAAAGUAUUGAAGAAGAAUGCAAACAAAAAAUAAACUUAGCUACUAAUCUGAAAAAUAGUCUUUAAGAGCUGAAAGGCCCGUUAGAAUAACUAUUUACAAAAAUCAAUGAAGAAAUUGAUUAAUUUAAAAAUUAAACUGAAAAGCAAAAGUAAGAAAGAUUAGCUGAGGAAGAAAGUAGAUAGUCAUAAUUGAAGCAUUAAGAAAAUGAUAUCUUAUUGAUAAAGUCAUUGCUUAAUUAAUUUUCAUUUUGCCAAAUAUCUAGUCUUUCAAAAUAAAAGAUUAUAGAAAUUAUUCCACAGUCUUAUGAUAUAUCAAAAUUACAAAUCGAAACUGAUGAUGAAAGAAUUAAAAAGAUCAAAGUAAUUAUUGUUUUUAAUUAAGCUUACCCCAUCUUUGAAGUUUCGAUGUGAAAGUCAUGAUUAAGAAAUUAUUAUGGUCUAAAUUGAUAACAAAAAUAGCCUCUAAAGAUUAUCUUGUGUUUAAUGUAUUUCAGAAAAUGAAGGAAAGUAUAUUACACUUUAGUAAUUGUAGAAAUCUAUUGAAGAUUAUUAUUAAUAAUCUGAAAAAUCAUUAAAAUAUUGUAAAUAUAUUAAGGAGUAGUAGAAAAAUUAUAUAAUAAAGCUCUGUUAGGAAUAAAUUAGAUAAUUGGAAGUAAAUUUUAAGAAUUUUGAAAAAAUAAUAGAAAAAAAUUUAUAAUUUAAAGAUCAAAAUAUCCAUCUAUUAGAAUAAGAAUAAUUAACAUAAAUAUUAAUGCCCAUAUAUUAAAAUAACAAUACAGACCAUUAUUUAAUAAUAAUAGAAAAAUAAUUAGAAUAGGACAAGUAAUUGUAUGCCAAGUUUGUAUAAUAAUUGUAAGAAUUUACAUAUUUCAAUAUUCAAUAAUAAUUUGAUUACCAACUCAUUUUGACAAAAUUAGAAAAUCUUAACGAGGAUGAAAUAUCAAAUUAAUAGUGUGUAUAAAAUGAUUUAGAAAUUGUUUAUUUACAAUAUUAAAUUAAUAGCUUUCUAACAGAAUCGAAAGAAUUUAGUUUAAAUGAAAAACUUAAAUAAUUAUUAUCAAAUCGUGGUUAUUUAAAGGAUGUUUAAGAAUCAUUAAUAGAAAAUGUUUAUUCAGUAUAAGAUAGAUUAUAAGAAUAAUAUUAGAAAAGCAGAGCAGAACAAGGAAUUUCAGAGUUUAAUACUGAAACAAAAAUAGAAUAUCUAGAAACGCUAAAGGCCAAACUCAAUUCCGUUUCAUUAUGUAAUUAAGUAAAAAAAGAAAUUCUAGUUUAAAUUGAUAAUGCAACUGCAAGUCUUGUUAAGGAAAUAAAUUAGGUUGCAUUUUCAAUAUUAAUUUUAGUAUAAGUAAAAUAUUGCUCAACUUGAGUAAACUAAUUAAAAACUUCAGUAGGAAACCUUAUCAUCAAUAUUUUCAAAUUCUUAUCAGCCUUAAUUUAAUAGUAGUUAUAAGUUUUCGGCCUUUUCAUUAGUUAGCCCAAAAUUAGUUUAAGGUAGCAAUUUUAAACAUUUAAUUAGCUUCUUCCGGAGGAUUUGGAUUAGCUGUUAUGCAGCCUCCAUUGCCUAAAGAUAAAAUUACAUAAUUCAUAAUCAAAAUAAAUGUAUUUAUUAUUUUUUCUAUGAAAGAAAUUUAAUGACUGGGCAGGAGUUGGUGUUUGCCAUUUGUAAACAGCCUAAAGCUUCAAUUAUAAUAUGAGUGCAAAUUAUUAAUCAACUAACCACAACACUUAUAUAGCAUGCGCUGGUGGAUAUNAGAUUAUCUUGUGUUUAAUGUAUUUCAGAAAAUGA